GUUUAGUUGACUGAGUUUUGUUCACCUGCACGGUUCGAAUUACCGGAAACCGAAGUUCUGAGCCCUUACCUACAAAUAGUAUUACAACUAUAGAGUAUAAAGUAUAUAUCCAAAAGUUUAAGAAAAUGUACGCGUUAACAAUACUUUUACCAAUUUUGCAACUAUUUGCAAUCGUUCGAGCGGAAUCGGGAGAAUUCGAGAAACUCCUGGUGCCCGUGAGCCACGGAAGCGCAGAGCAAAGGAGCGGAGCACGGAGCAACGAGACUACUGGACACUCGGUGGCCGCCCGCUCCUACUACGACGUGGUGCAAAACGCCGGACAGACGGGCUGCUCCGUGGGCACCGAGUGCACCCCGCUCCACGACUGCACCGCCCUGAUCUACGAGGUUGCCCGGAGUUGCUACUACGGCGACAAGUCGCUCUACUGCGGCGGAUCCAGCGAGGAGCUGCCCUACGUCUGCUGCCCCAGCAGUCCGUUGGAGAAGAACCAGGUGUGCGGCAAGUCACUGGUCCAGGGGCACUUCUACAAGGGACUGGGCUCCUAUCCCUUUGUCGCGCGCAUCGGCUUCAAACAUGUCAACACUGGAGCUUUUGCUUAUCCGUGUGCCGGAGCCGUAAUUGCCCGCCGGGUCAUCCUCACGGCCGCCCAUUGCGCUCUGGCCAAGGCCGAUGGACACCGACUGUCAUCGGUGCGCGUGGGCGAGUACGAUACUAGUAGCGAUCCGGACUGCGCCAACACCGGAUUCUGUGCACCGCGGUCGGUCAACCACGCCAUCAGCCAUGUGAUCGUGCAUCCCGACUACAAGCAGGGCCAGUAUCACCAUGACAUUGCUCUGCUGGUGCUUAAAACGCCGCUAAACUAUUCGGUGGCUACACAGCCCAUCUGCCUGCAGAAGACACGCGCCAACCUGGUGGUGGGCAAACGGGCUACCAUCGCCGGUUGGGGCAAGAUGUCCACGUCGAGUGUCCGCCAGCCGGAGAUGUCGCAUCUGGACGUGCCGCUGACCAGCUGGGACCUGUGCCUGCGCAACUACGGCUCCACGGGUGCCCUGGAAUCGCCCAACUCCAUCGAGGGUCAAUGGAUGUGCGCCGGCGGCGAGGGCAAGGACGUCUGCCAAGGAUUCGGCGGAGCACCGCUUUUCAUACAAGAGAACGGCAUCUUUUCACAGAUCGGCAUCAUGUCCUUUGGAUCUGAUAACUGCGGCGGUCUGCGCAUCCCGAGUGUCUACACAUCCGUGGCCCACUUUUCCGAGUGGAUUCACGACAACACGCCGCCGGAGUAGACUCCACUUAAGUAGAACCUAAAAUUGCAUUAUUUAAAUAAAGAUAUGAAUAAAUACCAAC